AUGAAAUUCCUCUUGUCAUUACUACAUCUUUCCAAUCUUCCAGGCCGUGCGCAAAUUAGUGUGGAAGCUGCUAGAUUUGGCCUCGACGGCGGCGAGCAUGCUGCUACAUUAACAAAAAGAGAAAUUGGGGAGGAAUUCAAUACAAGAAAUGAAUUUAAUGUAAUUUCUGGCGUGAAUUGUGGCAUAUUCCAUUUCUUUCGAACAACUGUCUGGCAGGGUGCCAAUGGAAGAAUUGAUAGGAAAACAAUGGGAGAAAAGGCUUUCAAAAAUAGGAAUGGAGCAAAUGUUAGGGUGCCUGCAUUGAUUUUUAGGUUUAUUAUGACAUGGUUUGACAUAGAAUCUGCUUCUAUAUCUAAAAUCACUGGACUAGGACUUCAUUCCGACUCUAAUAUAAAGAAUGAUUGCAAUAUGGCAUUACAUCUUCUUUGCACUGCAUCAAUAUGGAAGUGGGAUUUAGAAAACCAACAUAUGUAUGGUGUUGGUGAUUGUUAA